UCUCCGUUCACAUCUACAUACAAACGCUCGAAAUUGGCUAAAAUAUGAAUGUCGUUGUUUCUUUAUUUUCUUAUUCACAUCUGAACUGAAUCAGAGACCGAACAAAAUAGAAAAAAAAAUUCGGAAAAAGAAAAAAAGAGAAAAAGUAGAAAAUUCGCUCAGAUCUCCGAUCAAAGACAGCGAAAGAGCUUUACAGAGAGAAGAAAUGCUGUCAAUUUCAAGACCCAUUAUUAAAGUACCAGACAAGGAAGGACGGGAAGCCAAUCACGAGGGGGAAAAGCACCCCUUUGAGGGAGGAAAUAGCCCUAUUAUUCUCUUACGAGAUUUCGAGGACAAAGAAGAGAAGUCCCCAGUUUCAAUCAUUUCUGGUAAAGGUAGCAAGCAAGGCAAGGACAUCUCAAAAAGCGUGGAUGGUUUCGGAAAAGAGACAUGGCCUUUUUUUAUUCUUGGCUAUGACACAAAGAUUCUUCCUGAGGAUAUAAGUAAUCGGCGUUUGGGUUUGCGUCCGUUGGAUGUUUUGACGAUUAUGUUGAAGAAGCUGGGGAUGGAUAUGGAGAAAUGUGUCCCUGGCCAGAAUAGUUUGCUUUGUCCAGCUUUCUUUCAUAAUUUUGAGACCGAGAACAUGUCGCAGGGACUGAAACAAGAACAGAAAUUGGAUCCUGAUGAAGAGGAAACAAAAGUCGAAGGAGGUCGCGGCGGUGAGCUGGGAUGA